CGUCCACCAGCGCCCUUCCUCAGCAGCCGCCACGACCACCAAGAUGGACUUCCUCGCCGGGCCCCUCGUCCAGCACCUCAAGUCGGGCUACGUGCCCCUCGUCCUCGCCGCCCCGCUCCUCGUCGUCCUCCUGUACUGCACCAUCCCGCACUUUACGACCCGCGCCGGCCUCCGCAAGUACAAGGGCCCCGCCGCCGCCGGCUUCACCCGCUGGUGGAUCGCGAGCCAGGUCCGCAAGGGCCACCGCAGCGAGGUCGUCCACGAGCAGCACAAGCGCUUCGGCAAGUUUGUGCGCAUCGCGCCCAACGAGGUCUCGAUCAACGACCCGGCCGCCCUCCCGAUCGUGUACGCUCACGGCUCGGGCUCGAUCAAGGCCGACUUCUACGACGCCUUUGUCGCGUCCAAGGUCCGCGGCCUGUUCAACACGCGCGACCGCGCCGAGCACACGCGCAAGCGCAAGAUCGUCUCGCACACGUUCGCGCCCAAGAGCGUCCGCGAGUUCGAGCCCUACAUCAACUCGACCGUGCGCGGCCUCCUCCGCAAGUGGGACGACCUGUGCGACAAGGCGGCAAAGGCGCAGACCUCGUCCAAGUACGGCGAGCGGCUCAAGGGCUACGCCGUCGUCGAGACGCUCGACUGGUACAACGCGCUCGCGUUCGACAUCAUCGGCGACCUGGCAUUCGGCGCGCCGUUCGACAUGGUCGAGCGCGACGGCGCCGACACGGUCGCGAUCACAAGGGAGGACGGCACUGUCUUCUAUGCCGGCGGCGUCCAGAUCCUGAACGAGCGCGGCGAGUACUCGGCGACGCUCGGCUGCCUCCCGCCCUGGAUCCGCCCUUACAUGAAGUACGUCGACCCGUGGUACGCUCGCGGCCUCAAGUCGGUCAACAACCUCACCGGCAUCGCCCGCACCCGCGUCAACGAGCGCCUCGAGAAGGGUGCCGGUGACCGCAAGGACAUCCUGUCGCACCUGCAGAACGGCAAGGACGCCAACGGCAACGCGAUGGGCGUUCCCGAGCUCACAAUGGAGGCCCUCACGCAGCUCAUCGCCGGCUCCGACACGACCUCGAACUCGUCCUGCGCCAUCAUGUACUACAUCGUCUCGAACCCGCACGCGUACAAGAAGCUGCGCGAGGAGCUCGACGCGACGUUCGCGCCUCGCGGCAUGUCGGGCGUCUUCGAGUACGAGGACGUCAAGUCGCUCCCGUACCUUACGGCGUGCAUCAACGAGGCGCUGCGCCUGCACUCGACGUCCGGCAUGGGCCUCCCCCGCAUCAUGCAGCAGGACACCGAGGUCUGCGGCGAGGUCUUCCCGGCCGGCACCGUCCUGUCGGUCCCGUCCUACUCGAUCCACCGCAUCAAGAGCGUCUGGGGCGACGACGCCGACGAGUACCGCCCCGAGCGCUGGCUCGUCUCGGAGGAGAAGGCGCGCGAGCUCGAGAAGGCGCUCAACAUCUUUUCGUACGGCCCGCGGUCGUGCGUCGGUCGCAACGUCGCCAUGAUGGAGCUCUUCUGCUUCAUCUCGACGCUCAACUACCGCUACGACUUUGUCCUCGCCGAGCCGGACAAGGGCAUGCCGACGGUCGAGGGGUUCCUGCGCAAGCCUACUGGCGUCCUCAUGGGCCUCAAGAAGCGCGAGCCGACCUACUUCUGAGCGGCGGCGUCUCGCUUUCCUCUUCCUCGUCGCCGAUUCCCUCCCGCACCCCUCGCACCUGUACCGCUCCACCUGGCUCGACUCUUUGCAGUACCCCUCCUCCUCGAAAAGACAGUUUCAAUGCAAUACGUCGCCGUUCCCUUUU